UAAACUGUCUAUUCCAUCGACAAAACAGGCUUCCAUUUUGCUGUUGAAGGCGUAAGAAUUCUAUAAAAAUAACGAAAUAAUAAAAUAAAUUGCAGUGAUAUUCUACAAACGUGGUUUGAAAAUAGAUCAUAAAACGCAGUAACAGUUAAAUAUGGCAGCCAGUGAUUCCGGGACGGAUGAGUCACUUUACCCCAUUGCGGUUCUGAUUGACGAGCUUAAAAAUGAGGAUGUGCAAUUGCGUUUGAAUUCAAUAAAGAAGCUGUCGACUAUCGCCCUCGCCCUUGGGGUAGAGAGAACUCGGUCUGAACUCAUCCCCUUCCUAACUGAAACAAUCUACGAUGAAGAUGAAGUCCUUUUGGCUCUAGCUGAACAGCUUGGCAACUUCAUAAGCCUUGUUGGUGGAGGUGAGUUCGCCCACUGCCUGCUCCCACCCCUCGAGUCGCUCGCUACAGUAGAAGAGACAGUGGUACGUGAUAAGGCUGUAGCGUCUCUCCGUGCGGUGGCAGCACACCACUCACCGCAAGCACUGGAACAGCAUUUCGUGCCACUGGUUCAGAGAUUGGCUGGCGGGGACUGGUUCACGUCAAGGGCCUCGGCAUGUGGACUAUUCAGUGUGUGCUACCCGCGAGUAUCGGUCCCUGUAAAGGCGGAACUACGGGAACAUUUCCGCACACUAUGCCAAGACGACACGCCGAUGGUGCGGCGUGCGGCUGCAUACAAGCUGGGUGAAUUUGCAAGAGUCGUCGAAGUCGAGUAUGUGAAAAGUGACCUGAUACCGAUGUUCGUCAAUUUGGCGCAGGACGAACAAGACUCUGUCCGUCUGCUGGCAGCCGAAGCCUGUGCAGUUGUAGCCGGUCUGCUGCCCCCGGAGGACAUGGAGCAGCUGGUGAUGCCCACCGUACGUGCUCGUGCUGGGGACACCUCGUGGCGGGUGCGGUACAUGGUGGCCGACAAGUUUGUAGAACUACAACAAGCUGUAGGCCCCGAGCUAGCUCGUCUCGACUUGGCGCAGAUCUUCCAGGCAUUGCUCAAGGACACUGAAGCAGAAGUUAGGGCUGCGGCCGCUGGCAAGGUAAAAGAUUUCUGCAUGAACCUCGACAAAGCGCACCAAGAGCACAUCAUCAUGAACAUGAUACUGCCCCAGAUCAAGGAUCUAGUCUGUGACCCCAACCAGCACGUGAAAUCAGCUCUAGCCUCCGUUAUCAUGGGAUUGAGCCCCAUUGUAGGACGGCAGAACACCAUCGAACAUCUUCUGCCCUUAUUCCUCACACAACUCAAAGAUGAAUGCCCAGAAGUCAGAUUAAACAUAAUUUCCAACUUGGAGUGUGUCAAUGAAGUGAUCGGGAUACAGCAGUUAGUCCAAUCCCUUCUACCGGCCAUAGUAGAGCUGUCUGAAGACACAAAGUGGAGGGUUCGCCUUGCCAUAAUAGAACACAUGCCUUUAUUGGCUGGACAGUUAGGACAAGAGUUCUUCGAUGAAAGACUCACAGGAAUAUGCCUAUCCUGGCUGUUUGAUCAUGUAUACGCUAUCCGUGAAGCAGCCACGUUGAAUCUGAAGAAACUAGUCGAGCAAUAUGGUUCAGAAUGGGCUGAUAAUAAUGUGAUUCCCAAAGUACUGGCCAUGUCCCGUGAACAGAACUACUUGCACCGAAUGACCUACCUGUUCUGUAUCAAUGUACUCGCAGAGGUCUGCGAUAAAGAUAUUACAACUAGAGUACUCUUGCCCUCAGUACUCGCUAUGGCAGAUGAUAAUGUUGCCAACGUUAGAUUCAACGUGGCAAAAACAUUGCAAAAGAUGGCGCCAUUUUUAGAUCCAGCUGUCAUUCAGCCACAAGUGAAACCGGUUUUGGAGAAAUUAAACGUCGAUCCUGAUGUAGAUGUUAAAUAUUUCGCUUCAGAAGCCAUUGUUGGUAUCGCCGGCUAAUUAAGUGUUUUCUAGUAUUUAUUCCAAUAAUCUGAUGAUCGUGGUUAUUUCAUUCCAGUGUUGAGAUCCACAUAGAUGUCGCAUUUAUUGCACACGUAACAUUGUAAUAAAAAUAAAUAAAUUUAAACGACAA